AUGAGAUCUAGUAGACGUAAUUUAGGUCUUGUUCCGGAAUUCUCACCAGAACCAACACCACCGAAUAGCGACGAAGAAUUUAUAAAUGAUUUUCAAAUCGAAACAACCUUGGAAGAAGAAGAGAGAAUUCGGAAAGAAGAUGAAGAAGAGUUAUUAAACAAAGAACAAUUGUUAUCUGAAGACGAUGAAGACUUGAUAAUAGAAACGAUGAAGAAUAAAGAUGUAGUGCUAUCUUCAGAUGAAUCCGAAGAAGAACCUCUACCAACUAUUGAACAUAAAGGUAUUAAGAACGACAGCAUGAAAUCAAGCUUUCUAGUAUCUCAAGCGAAGUUGGCAUUAGAAAAAGGAGAUGACGAACUUUUAAAGAAGAUCCUGAAUUCAAUGGAUGCAAAAGUCGAUAAGAAGGAAAAAGAAGAUCUAAACGAAGUUAACCCUUUGAAAAAUUAUAAGAAAGGGGAAACGUCGCGUUCAGGUUUAAGAGCAUUCAACGAAUUCUGGGAUGCACAUCUGAAGAAGUUAGACUACCAUUUUCCUCUGACAAUUUUUAAUGAAGAAUGGAUCGAACUAGACAAAAUGGUAUCAAACAAUAACACUUCUAAGAAGAAAGAUCGAAUAAUCGGUCAAAUACCUAGAAGUGAAUGGUACUUGUCAUUUGCUGAGUGGACUAGAGCUAGGCAGUUAAUGGUCAAAUACGUAAGAAAACACUACAAACACGAAGACUUUGCGAGUGAUUUGGAAGAACAUUUUGAAUAUGUUCAACAACUGAGCGUAAGGCACGGAUGGUUGACAGCUUUCAGAUAUGAUAUCGCAGUCAGAACGGACGUCACUUGCAAUCAUGUUAACGGAGCACCUGGUGAUCCAUCUGUAAAGAGGGAAGAAUUUCUCGAAGAUGCGCUAGCAAGGACUAACUUGUUAAGAGAUGGAAGGAUUAUGAAAUAUGACAAUCCUUACGCGAAAGGAAAUGCUAGAGAAAGGUUCAGUCCCAUAACCGGAGACAGAUACCCGAACGGGAAGAAUCAUAAUUUGACGGAUUUAGAAUUAGAAACUGAGGAAGAGAAUACGUUUUUAAAAGUACCUGGUUUCCAAAGAAACAACAGUAGAAAUUUCAGAGAUGAUAAAAGAGGAAAUUUCGUAAGAAAUAAUAGAAGAUCCCCUUCGCCUUAUUCAAAAGAGGAGAAAGGAAAAGGAAAACAACAUCCAAACUCGAAUUAUAAGGGUAAUAAUUUUGAUGAGAAUUACCAGAAGAAUAAGAAUGAAAAAUUAGAACCCAAACAAUCAACUUCGAAAGAUAAAUUGUGA